GUACGUGAUCAAACAAAGAAGCGAUGGUGGUGAUGGUGUUGCAAUGUCGCUACUUUCUGAAGAUUCAGGUCAAGUGAACCACCCAAAUCUUGCUCUUGUGGAUACCGUCUGCGAAGUCAUUGGUUCCCGCAUUUAUGUGAUCGGUGGGGCCUGCGUCUCGUGUAGGAUGGGCCAUUGGGAAUGCGACUAUAGGGGUUCCGCGGAGAUCCGUUGCCUAGACACCCGCAAUCCAAAAGAUGGUUGGAGGACUUGCUUUACUUUACCAUUCGCAGGAUAUAUAGGUCUGUCUGCUGUUGUCGACGAUCAGUGGUUGUAUGUUUUUCCUGCUCCUCACCAUCGUCAUCCCGGUGAUCCUUGUUAUUAUGCUUUUAAUGUUGACACCAAAGAAGUCAGAGAAAUUCCCCAACCUAGUAAUUUUAGGGCUGCCCCGUGUUUUUCUGCUUGUUUAUCCCCGGGCACACUUGUUGGCUAUAUGAUGCGGGAAGGCGCUUUCUAUCAACUAGAUUGCAAGAAUAGCGCUUGGACUGUGUAUCAGGAGGAUUUCCCUUAUGACCCAGAAUUAUUGACGCAUUGCCCCAUUGCUGUGGAUGAUGAGAUUAUUUACAUUUAUCAUGCUCGUGACAUGCGAUUGAUUUCUUAUGAUAUUCGCAACAAGAAGGAACUUCAUGUGGUUGACCUUCCCAAAUCCUUUUGGUUUGGUCGCAAUGAUCCUGUGCAACUCCUUGUUCUUUCUAAGAAUAGGUUCUGCCUCUUAUGGCAUAGGCCGGGUGAUGGUGACGGUGACAUUGACAAUGACAAUGAAACUUGCAUUUAUUACAGUAGAUUCUCAGUUUCUUAUGAUUUACCUAAUCCCACUGUUUUUCUCGAGGAGAAGCAGCGCUUUCCUGUUGCUGGCUUCAGAGUACUCAAUGUUCUGCCGGUUAAUCCACAUGCAGAUGUGGCGAACAAUAGUAGAGUUGAUGUGGCUGGUGGUGAGAAGCCUACAGGAAAGCAGUUUGACUUGGAGGAGCUAAACCAGAAGCUUCUUGGAGCAAGUAUCAAUCAAUGAUCCAAGAGAGAGCAAAUUUAAGAUAUCCAGCCUUAAAAUAUCGUUGAACAAAGUUCCGCCGGGCCUUCCCAUUUCAAUUCCAACAGAAAUUUAUUUGUUUGACUUUUUUCCAUGCCAGAUUUGAUCCUCAUUGGAGAAUAGUAGGAUGGCACUGAAAGAAUCAUCAGAAGCCUGAAAUUUUAAGAAAAAUAUUGGAAGCAUAAGUGUGAGGGACACAGCGGUAAUGCCUUUUGACACGGUGAAACAUUUCAAUAAGAGGCCUCACAAUCU